AUGAUUACAGCAAUUACAAGAUUACAGCAAUUACAAGAUUACAGCAAUUACAAGAUUACAGCAAUUACAAGAUCACAGCAAUUGCAAGAUUACAGCAAUUACAAGAUUACAGCAAUUACAAGAUUACAAGGAUUACAAGAUUACAACAAUUACAAGAUUACAGCAAUUACAAGAUUACAUAGAUUACAAGAUUACAGCAAUUACAAGAUUACAGCAAUUACAAGAUUACAGCAAUUACAAGAUUACAUGGAUUACAAGAUUACAUGGAUUACAAGAUUACAUGGAUUACAAGAUUACAGCAAUUACAAGAUUACAGCAAUUACAAGAUUACAGCAAUUACAAGAUUACAGCAAUUACAAGAUUACAGCAAUUACAAGAUUACAGCAAUUACAUGAUUACAGCAAUUACAAGAUUACAACAAUUACAAGAUUACAGCAAUUACAGGAUUACAGCAAUUACAAGAUUACAACAAUUACAAGAUUACAGCAAUUACAACAUUACAGCAAUUACAAGAUUACAGUAAUUACAAGAUUACAACAAUUACAAGAUUACAACAAUUACAAGAUUACAACGAUUACAAGAUUACAGCAAUUACAAGAUUACAUGGAUUACAAGAUUACAGCAAUUACAAAAUUACAGCAAUCACAAGAUUACAACAAUUACAAGAUUACAUGGAUUACAAGAUUACAUGGAUUACAAGAUUACAGCAAUUACAAGAUUACAGCAAUUACAAGAUUACAUGGAUUACAAGAUUACAUGGAUUACAAGAUUACAUGGAUUACAAGAUUACAUGGAUUACAAGAUUACAACAAUUACAAGAUUACAACAAUUACAAGAUUACAGCAAUACAAGAUUACAGCAAUUACAAGAUUACAGCAAUUACAAGAUUACAUAGAUUACAAGAUUACAGCAAUUACAAGAUUACAGCAAUUACAAGAUUACAUAGAUUACAAGAUUACAGCAAUUACAAGAUUACAGCAAUUACAAGAUUACAGCAAUUACAAGAUUACAAGGAUUACAAGAUUACAAGGAUUACAAGGUUACAAGGAUUACAAGGUUACAGCAAUUACAAGAUUACAUGGAUUACAAGAUUACAGCAAUUACAAGAUUACAGCAAUUACAAGAUUACAGCAAUUACAAGAUUACAAGGAUUACAAGAUUACAAGGAUUACAAGGUUACAAGGAUUACAAGGUUACAGCAAUUACAAGAUUACAUGGAUUACAAGAUUACAGCAAUUACAAGAUUACAAGGAUUACAAGAUUACAGCAAUUACAAGAUUACAAGGAUUACAAGAUUACAACAAUUACAAGAUUACAACAAUUACAUGA